CAGCCCCGCGGUGCAGCCUGCCUGAGUGGGGCGGGGGCCGGCCGGGCUGCUUCCACUUGAGAGAUGGCGGCUGCCGUGGGGAGAUCGCUGCUGCUCCGCUUUUCGCGGGGCGGCGGCGGGGCGCUGACAGCCGCCGGCUGCUUCCCCGGGCUGGGCAGGCACCGACAGCAGCACAGGACGGUGCACCAGAGGCUUUCUCCAUGGCAGAGCUUGAGAGUGGUGCAUUGCAGUACAGUAGUGCCCUCUGAUGAUGUGACAGUGGUUUACCAAAAUGGGUUACCUGUGAUUUCUGUGAAUCUUCCAUCUCGGCGUGAGCGUUGCCAGUUCACGCUUAAACCUAUCUCAGACUCUGUUGGAGUGUUCUUACAACAGCUGCAGACAGAGGACCGGGGAAUUGACCGGGUCGCAAUCUACUCCCCAGAUGGUACGCGAGUAGCCUCUUCAACUGGCAUAGACCUCCUCCUGCUGGAUGACUUCAAACUGGUCAUCAAUGACUUAACAUACCAUGUUCGACCACCAAAGAGAGACCUGUUAAGCCAUGAAGAUGCAACCACGCUGAAUGAUGUGAAGACAUUGGUUCAGCAGCUGUACACCACUCUGUGCAUUGAGGAACACCAACUGAACAAGGAAAAGGAGUUGAUUGGGCGGCUAGAAGACCUCAAGGAGCAGCUAGCACCCCUGGAAAAGGUCAGGAUGGAAAUCGGCAGAAAAGCAGAGAAGAGGACCACCUGGGUUCUGUGGGGUGGACUGGCCUACAUGGCCACUCAGUUUGGGAUUCUGGCCCGGCUCACCUGGUGGGAGUACUCUUGGGACAUUAUGGAGCCAGUCACCUACUUUAUCACCUAUGGUAGCGCAAUGGCAAUGUAUGCUUACUUCGUAAUGACACGUCAGGAGUAUAUUUACCCAGAUGCCAGAGACCGACAGUACUUAUUAUUUUUCCAUAAAGGAGCCAAAAAGACACGUUUUGACCUAGAGAAAUACAAUCAACUCAAGGAUGCAAUUGCUCAGGCAGAAUUGGAUCUUAAGAGACUUCGAGACCCACUGCAGGUUCACCUGCCUGUCCAGCAAAUCAAUGAUAAAGACUGAUCAGCAAAGAAUGUCUGAAUCCCAGCAAAAAGAGAACCUGUUCAUAGCUCUUCCCUUUUUAAUUAAAGCAUUUAAUUAAAGGUGGAAGCUGGGAGGUAGUGUGGGGGUGGAGGGUUUUUACCUUUAAUUUAAAACAAAAAAGGACUGUGGGGGGAAAAUCUCUUAAAUCUGAAGAUCGGGCAUUGUGGAAUGUUAGCCUCAAAAAGGGCUUGGCAAAUAUUGUCACAUGCAAGCAUUUAUAUCUGGAUGAAAAUGGUGUACAAAUACAAGAUUGGGGGUUUUCAUAAUGAGAAUGUAAUGCUGGGGGGGGGCUGUCUUCUUCCAGCUUUGCAGGGUCUGCCUCUCAAUAAUGCACCAGCAGCCUGCUGAGCUCUUUUUUAAAUUUUUUCCUUUUUUGAUUUUUGACACACACCAAUAACAAAGCGCACCAAAAAAACCAAGCCAUCUGGAGCUAUGGCUGGUGAUCAGACAAUGAGCUCCAUCUCCAUUAACACACAGUCCUGGUCAGAACUGGUAUCUUUUUUGUAAAGUUACUGCAAGACUGCCUUCUACUGAAAAUCAUGAGUUUCCCCUGCCCACCCCCAUGCCCUUCACUGACUUCUUCCAUUACUUGUUGGUUACGCUGAUGAGUUUUAUCCAAAUCAGAAAUGGAACUAUCUUUGUUCUAAAUGUUUGAUAAUGGACACUUUGGAUUAUUCCUUAAUACCUUCUUCAACUAUGAAGUGUCCCAGUGCUCUAGAGCUACUUCUAGAAAUAAUGGCAACAUUGCAUGAGAGUUUUUGUACUCAGUCUUAAGGGAGGAAGGUUUUCAUCUCUCCCACCCCAAAUCUGGUAGCCACCUGGAUUACCAAACCUUGAAGGUUUCAAGGAUUAGGAAAUUGACUCAGAAUCAUGACUCUUACUUAACCAAGCAGUUUCAGGAUGGGAAAAAUUAAAUUUGAUUAAGUUUGACUGCUUGUGUAAUGGGAUAAAUGGUCUCAUUUAUGGUACACUGCUAUAUCUGCAGGCUUUGUCAAAGGCCAGGGUUCCUGUAGCAAAAGAUACAGAAUUGCACUUUGAUUUGCUAGCCUGCUCCCUUAUUUAGAUAGCUUUCAGUGAACUCUGAUGCCCAAGGGUAGGAUUUCUUAGUGCAGGCUAAUUGCAUUCCCCCAUUCUUAUUUAAAAAAAGAUAUUGGGUUUGGAAAACCGACACAUUGCUUUCCAGCUUGCCUGAAACUAGCUGAUUUGUAAGCAGAUAACUACAUUCAAAAUGGAUCCCUCGUCCUGUUGAUAAAUAUUGUGGAAACAGGAUGGAAGUGGGAAUAGGGCUCCAUACAUAACACACAAAAAGAUGGGGGUUCCUCUUGACAGUUCAUUCUUACUUCUCACUGUGUCUUGACGAGAGGCUCCAGUUUUUGGAGAACCAUGUUUAAAAAAAGAACAACAAAAAAACUAAACCAAUAUUAAGAUGCCAGGUGCCUUGCAGAUAUGGAAAAACAGAUGGGAUUGUUGCUGCCUCUCCUCACUCGGUGGCAUAUUGGACCGAAUGGAUGCAUGUUUCUAAUUUUUUCUCCCCACGUUUUCCCUCUCUUUUUGUUUUAAUUACAUUAUGUGGGUUAUUUUUUACCUGUUUUAUCCUGUUUGCGUGCUGAGUUUUAAAGGGAAAGAAAACUAACACAGUCUUGUAGCUGAAACCUUACUGUGUGUUUGGGGUGAGGGAGGGGCAUGGAGAAAAAUCCUUACUUAAAAGAAAAAAAACCUGAACAUGUGUAAAAUCCUGUAUCAUUUAUGAAAUAUGUAUAAAGCAAUGUACUUCUGGAACAAUAAAUAAUUAUUCAGUUUUUGAA